AUGGACGGUGAAGAUGUUCAAGCUUUAGUUAUCGAUAACGGUUCUGGUAUGUGUAAAGCCGGUUUUGCUGGUGAUGAUGCCCCACGUGCUGUUUUCCCAUCAAUUGUUGGUCGUCCAAGACACACUGGUGUUAUGGUCGGUAUGGGUCAAAAAGACUCAUAUGUAGGUGAUGAAGCCCAAUCAAAGAGAGGUAUCUUAACCCUCAAAUACCCAAUUGAACACGGUAUCGUUACCAACUGGGAUGAUAUGGAAAAAAUCUGGCAUCAUACUUUCUACAAUGAACUCCGUGUUGCCCCAGAAGAACACCCAGUUCUCUUAACUGAAGCCCCAUUAAAUCCAAAGGCCAACAGAGAAAAAAUGACCCAAAUUAUGUUUGAAACCUUCAACACCCCAGCCAUGUACGUCGCCAUUCAAGCCGUCUUAUCCUUAUAUGCCUCUGGUCGUACCACCGGUAUUGUUAUGGAUUCAGGUGAUGGUGUCUCCCACACUGUACCAAUCUAUGAAGGUUAUGCUUUACCACAUGCCAUCUUACGUUUAGAUUUAGCUGGUCGUGAUCUUACCGAUUACAUGAUGAAAAUCUUAACUGAACGUGGUUACUCAUUCACCACCACUGCCGAAAGAGAAAUCGUCAGAGAUAUCAAAGAAAAAUUAGCCUACGUCGCCCUCGACUUUGAAGCUGAAAUGCAAACUGCUGCCUCAUCAUCAGCCCUCGAAAAAUCAUACGAAUUACCAGACGGUCAAGUCAUCACCAUCGGUAAUGAACGUUUCCGUUGCCCAGAAGCCCUCUUCCAACCAUCAUUCUUAGGUAUGGAAUCUGCUGGUAUCCACGAAACCACCUACAACUCCAUCAUGAAAUGUGAUGUUGAUAUCCGUAAAGAUUUAUACGGUAACGUCGUCUUAUCCGGUGGUACAACUAUGUUCCCAGGUAUUGCUGAUCGUAUGAACAAAGAAUUAACUGCUUUAGCCCCAUCAACCAUGAAAAUUAAAAUCAUUGCUCCACCAGAACGUAAAUACUCUGUCUGGAUUGGUGGAUCUAUCUUAGCUUCACUCUCAACUUUCCAACAAAUGUGGAUCUCCAAAGAAGAAUACGACGAAUCAGGUCCAUCAAUUGUUCACAGAAAAUGUUUCUAA